AUGGUACAAAAAAACGACGUUACUGGUGACAAUCAAGCACCAAAUAAUAAUGGAUUGGCAAGCGACCAACAAGAAGAUAUCUGGACUUCAAUUCUCAAAGGGUUAGAAUUGACCGCUUCCAGCGUCAAACUAAAAGGUCACGUGCUUUGUUGCUUAUUUAAAGGCGAUAGAGAAUCGGGUAAAUCUACCCUCAUCAGACAUUUAAAAGGAGAGAAAGACGAAGAGAUUUAUGAAGUAAAUAAUGCUUCAAAAGGUACUGACGCUAACGCCGAGGAAAGCGAAAAUUACAAUCAAAAGCAUCACAGCGACUUGGCUCUAAGUUAUACCUUUACUGAAGUUAAAGAUGAUGACGCAGAAGGCUCUCAAGAAGCUUAUCAAUCUCUCCUUCAUUUUGCACUUAAUUCCACAACCCUACCAGACUCUCUUGUUGUAAUUGUUUUAGAUUGGGCACGUCCAUGGACUUUUGUCGAAACAUUGCAACGAUGGAUUAAAUUUAUUGAAGUAGGUAUUGAACGAGUAAAGAAGGAAGGUUCUGUAGGGGCUAAAGAUGACUGGACCAAAGGUAAAGCCGUUGUCGAAGAAAUGCAAGAGAUACUCGAACGUUUUAUUAAAAAUUAUGCUAACGAACUUGAUACUAGCACUGCUAGCGGGACAGUGCCAGCGUCAUCCGAAGAGGACGAAGUUGCAUUACCUUUGGGUCCAGGAGUUUUGACUACAAAUUUGGCUGUGCCAUUGGUAGUGUCUGACAACGUUACCACGUUAGAAAAACAGAUGGAUUAUAAAGAAGAACAAUUUGAUUACAUACAGCAAAAUGGUGCUUCGCUCUUUUACACAACCACUCGAGAUCCAAAAACGUUCGAAAAUCUCCGUCAAUAUAUUCUUCAUCGACUUCUUGGAUCAAAAUCUUCAUCCAAUGACGCCAAAUCUAUUUAUUCUUUUAAUGUUAAACCAAAUUAUGUUGAACGUGACACAGUAUUGGUUCCCACUGGUUGGGAUUCUUGGAACCUAAUUAAAUGCUUAAGAGAUGGCUUCGAUUGUGACGGACUGCUUCAAGGUUGGGAUUUGGAUAUGACUGGUGAAAAGGAAACAACGGAAGAUGCCGAAGAAGUUAUUAGCGCCAAAAAAGUGUAUGAAGAGGUUGUUGUUCACAUAGAUAACGAUAAACCGCUUACUGAUCCAUCAAUCAUUGUCGCAGAAGAUGAGCAAGAAUUCUUCAACCGUCACUUUGAAACUUUACAAAAAGCUAAUAACGAACGUCCACCAUCGCCAUCAGUCGUUGGACCAAUGAGUGCACCUCAGUACCCAUAUGCUAAUAUCGGAGCUGAUAUUCCAGAGCCAGAAACUUUAACUAAUAGGCCUAAUCUCAAACUUACUUCAAAAUUUAAGAAACAGACCCCCGUAUCUACAUCUCCACCAGUGGGUACGCAGAAUGGUUCCCAACCGGCCAUACCUUCUGGUCCACCAAACGAAGUUCUUGCAAACUUCUUCCAAGCAUUACUCACAAAAAAAGCAGCUAAUAAUCAAUCCACUAACCAAGGAUCAUCCCAAACACCACUAUCACCAAACGAGCCUGCAAGCUCCCUAAGCAUGUCCGCUAAACCCAAUAUUAGCACCAAUGGACCAUCAAGAAAGAUGGUGGAAACGGAAUUGGAUCGGUUGAAGAAAUUUUCUAACCCCACAGCCAGCACAGUACAGCUGGAAAAUAAUUAA